UUCCUCCGGUUAAAUUCACCUCCGCUUGCCAGUAUGACGUGGGAAACUACCCGUAGUUUUUGAAAACUUGUGAGGUUUCCUGUUGGCUGUUUCAGUAAAAGUUUGUUUUUGUUUAUGAUUUUUUUAUUCCGAGUUGGGUUUUUGUUCUUGUUUUGCGUUCAUCAUAAACUUAUAACUAGUUUGCAUCGAUAUAGAUACAUGCUUUCUACUCGCAUCCCAGGUAUAAUGACCUACUAGGGUUUUUAAGAAUCUACUCAUAGGCAUCUUGUUGGCGAUCAUAGGAAAUAUUGUCAUUAGCAUCUCUUUGAAUAUUCAGAAAUGCUCUCAUCUUCGUCUGAUGCACCAAGCCAAUCAAAAGCCUUGUUACAGAAGCAAGCUGUGGUGGUCUGGAAUUAUACUGACGGGCAUUGGAGAAAUGGCAAAUUUUGCAGCCUAUGGAUUUGCUUCAGUUGUAGUUAUUGCGCCACUAGGAAGUGUGGCUGUCAUAGGUAGUGCUGUUAUAUCUUUCAUGUUCUUGAAAGAAAACAUUAGAUCUGAAGUCGUAUUAGGUGGAACCAUGACAAUCGCAGGAACAUUUUUGUUGGUGACAUUUGCUCCGCUUGUUACCCAGGAACUCACGGCGCGAAAGAUACAGAACGAUUUAGUCAGCUGGCAGUUCUUGAUAUAUGUGAUUGUGGCAAUAACAACCUUCUGCAUUCUUCUGUAUUUCUAUAAGAUAAAGGACAUCAAGCAUCUUGUGCUCUUGUUAGCAAUGGUCGCACUGCUAGCAUCUGUGACCAUUAUUUCAGUGAAAGCCGUGGUAGCCAUGAUUGUGCUUUCAGUGAGGGGAAGCAUGCAGCUAACAUAUCCUAUCUUUUAUCUAAUGAUCGUUCUGAUGGUAGUAACAUGUGUCUUCCAAGCCAAGUUCCUGGACCAAGCAAUGAAGCUCCAUGAUGUAACAGAAGUUAUCCCAUUGAACUAUGCGUUCUUUACCAUUAGUGCUAUCUUGGCAGGGGCUAUAUUUUAUCAGGAAUUCAAGGGUGGAGAUUUGCUGAGUGAUUUCAUGUUUGUCUUUGGGUGUUUUCUGUCGUUUGUUGGCGUGUUUGUGACGACCAGGAACACAGGCAAAGAAAGUUUGACGAGUUUUUACAUUGACUACGGGCACAUUCCUGGGGAGAAGACGAGGAGUAAAAUACAGCCAGAUUCAAAUAGCUUAUCCUACGGCUCUUUAUGUAAGGAAGGUGACUCUGUGAAGACUCAGAGCUAAGAGAAGAGAGCAUCUUAAAUUCCAGUUAACAAGAAAAAUGUUCUAUUUAUUGGCUUUGUAUUCAACACCACCCUUUUAUCACAUGUGCUCAUUAUGUGUCAAGUUAUUUUACUCUGACGGCUCUUAUGGUUAUUUAAUCCCCUUUCGGGGAUCCCUUGGCUAUCACAAAUACACUGCAACCUAAGUCAGCUAUUGUGCCUGAAAAAAGUGAACAGUCAUUAAAUGGACCUGGCUGUUUUCUUCGUGCA